AGUCCCGGAAGCGGCUCCCGCGCUGAUUGGAUGCCACCUCUCAUCCGCCCCCAUAAGACGGCGGAUAAUGACCAAUCAGGGGCGCUGGGCCUGCCACGUCGGGGGUUGCUAGUCAACCCCACGGCCGGCUGCAUCGUUGGGGAAUGACCGGGCGACGCGAUGCGGAGGUCGGAGGGCCGGAGCGCGGCGCUGGCCCGUGCGGAGGCCCACCUGGCGGGGAGACGGCUCACCGCGAGGGAGCAGAGCGGAGCGGCUGCCUUGGUCUCCACGAGCCCCACCAGCAGCCAUGGCCUCUCCGCCAUCCACAUGGCCACCGACCUGAGCAGUCUCUCUGGCUCCAGCAGCGCCUGCCCCCGGGGAAGGAGGAAAGAGCUGGAGAGCACAAGCCUGGCGAAGACCAGCCCACCGCCCUCGCCCGGGCCUAACAGCCGGUUCCUCAAGCAGAAGCCCCAGAAGGUGGCCACAGACACUAGGCAGGUGGGGCUCAGUCCCGCCGCAGGGAUGUGCUGUGGCAGUGCUGCCGCCUCCUCCAAGGGGGGAAGGUCAGGCGCCAUCCUCAGGAAGCUGGAGCAGAUUGAGAGCAAGAUCCGCAGCCGGCAGGCUGGGCGGGACGUUGGCCAGGCCCCCACGUCUGAUGACGAGCUCUCCUUGGGCGACUUCAGCCCUGAGCAAAGGCUGGGAGCACUCCGGGGCCUGGAGAAGGCCGCUAGACUGAAAGAGAAUCUGUCACCUGUCUGGGAGACGAUCAAGGCCCAGGCGAGGGACGUGCCUCUUAAGGGAAAAGCUGGCUGUGAUGGUGAGGAAGGUGCUGAGAGACACCGACACAGCACUCCCAAGAAAUCUGGGGGACAGGAGGAUCUCCCCGCACUCAUACUCUGCAGGAAGAGUCGGAUCCAGUCCCCGCAAAAGUCACCUUCCCCUUCUAGUUCGAGAUCUUCUUUGCCUGGAAAAACUUUCCUGAAGAAGCCUCUGCGCAGGAGUCCUUCCCCACCGAGCAGGAACGCUCCACCAAGGCCGGGCACGGUGCCUUCUCAUUCCGCAUCCCCAUCCGCAAAAGGCAGACUAGCAGGCUGCGCUUCCACUAAUGCGAGGGAGGCAUCUCUGUCUGAACGAAGCAUAGUCCAAUCCCUGGAUGAGCUGUUCUUGGCAACGGAUGACAUGCCCAGCACCAGCAGCAGCGAUUUCAGAGUGAAUGUUUUGAGCCUGGAUGAUUUGGCACCCAGUGUGGCCAGCCAGAACAAAGAAUUAAAACAGGAGGCAGUGAUGCGGGCGCUUACAGAGUCAGGCAAGGAGCCAGGAGAAGGCCUGUUUGCUGCUGUAAUCCAGAGCCCCUUUAAAGCCCCGAUCCCCACCGCUGGAGAUUCUGCUUCGCUGGAGGGUCCAGGAGAGACCGAAAUCUCCGAGCGGCUAGAGAGCACUUCUGCCAGGAGCUCUCUUCGUGAGACCACCGUCGGCGCCGAGUAUUCUGAGGACUUUGAGCCCUUGCCAUCCUCCGCAGCGUCUGAGGAGUGGAAGGGAGGAUCCUCCCUGAGGGAGUCUUGCAGCCCUUUGGAGGCGUCCACACAAUCUGGCCAGCCCGGUUCCUCCUUCUCCCUCAGCUGCCCCCUGGAGAGCACCAGAAGCACCCGGCUGCCCAGGAGAAUCGUGGUGAAGGACGCCGCUGUCCAGACGAGCCGCUCCUCGCUUGCUUAUUCCUGGUUAGAAAGUGACGUUCCUGCUGCUCUUGGCCAGAUGGUGGGGGGAGGAGGCGGACCUGUUGAGGCUCCACCUAUCACCAGCCACGUGGUGAGCCUGGAGACCAUGGAAGCCCUGACGACGUACAGCCCAGCUGUCUUUGCUCUGAAUGACAUGCUGAAGCAGAAUGUGGUGCUCAUCCGGAGGUUUGUGGAGGCCACUCGCCACCUCCACGCCUCCUUUGUGGCAUCGCUGGAGGAGGAGAUGUUCCACUACCACACCCUGGAGGAAGCCAAGGAGUACAUUGCGUGGCACAGACCCCCACCUCUAACCGUGGAGCAAGUUUUGCAAGAACUUGAAGAUUGGGGACAAGUAGCUUUUUAGGGCCCAUCAGCCCAUCUCUCCUCCCCACACCCUUCCAGUAGGGCCUUUAAGGAGAGGCAGAGCUUGAUCUUUGGGCCAGGACGUUCUCAACACCAGGCCAGCAGGCUUUACCACAAUUAAGAGCUGGGUUCUUUUGAAAUGAGCAGUUGCUGCCACUGGGGUAGUCCUCAAAAAUCACAGCGGAGAGAGAGAUCAUUAACUUACUGUUGUCUUGCUGACUGCUGCACAUCCACCCAGGAACCAUAGAUUUAACCAGAGCAUUGAAGAGAAAUCUCAGCUGAGACAGAGGGAGGACAUGCACAUGUGUCAUCUUGGAACUCUGUACUAAGUUCAAAGGGUACAUGGAUAAAGAUGCAGACUGGCGAGUUGUCCUGGUGUGGCACACACACCCUCCUUCCCACCACAAUAAAUCUUAUACUAGUAUAGAAAAAAAAGUCUUUUGUUUAUUGGAAGGCAACAGUAAGUACAAGAUGGACAGCUGAGCCGGCUAGGCCAAUUUACAGAUGUCUAAUCAUGUCACAGCUACAGUUAAAGUCAAUCUAGGACAGUUUACUACAUCACCAUAUCAAAGAGGAUCCCGCUUGGGCUGUUCAGGGCUGGCCUCUGGGCACUGGGAGUGGUGGUCUCUGGCCACCCCUCUUGGCUACGCAAAGAAUGCUUCACAUUU